CCCUUGCUCCCCCUCUCCACCCCCUUCUUCUCGCCGUGCACCCCCACCCCGUAUCUCCCGGAAGGGUCAGGAGGAGCAGAGACACCGGGAGAAGCCGAGGGCUAAUCCCCUCUCCUAGGUCCGGAGGAGGCCUGGAGCUGGGGGUGCGCGGAGAGGAAGCCGGCCAGAAAAAAAGCAAAGCGCUGGAGAGCCCCAGACGCCAAGCCGAACCGAACCGAACCCGAGCCGCGCUGGGCUCCCGGGGCACCUCUGAGCUGGCCGCCGAAUGGAAAGCAAGCCCGGGGAUCUGAAGUCCACAACCCGAGUGGUGGGGUACCCCUGCCGGGCUGGGGGGGCCGUGUCCGUGGGCUCCGCGCGUAGGUGCGCGCCGAGCUCUCCCAUCAUCGCUAUGCAGCGACCAUUUCCCUGCGAGUCUCCAAGGUGGAGACGCUGCCCACGAGCCCGGGCGUGAUUCGGUGGCUUUUCGGAAAGUUGGCGACCGGAGGAGGAGAAACCGCAGGGUACCCCGCGAUGGAUGUCGUUGGGCCUCGCAGAGAGUUUGCAUGGCCAGCUGGGAAGCCCUCGGAGCCGAAGCCGGAGCUCCCUGCGCUCUGGGCACCUCUAGUUUUGUAAUCAGCCACAAAAGAUGAAAUCUUCCAUAGCUGAGAUGCUUCACAGAGGGAGGAUGUUGUGGAUAAUUCUUCUAAGCACAAUUGCUCUAGGAUGGACUACCCCAAUUCCCUUGAUAGAGGACUCGGAGGAAAUAGAUGAGCCCUGUUUCGAUCCAUGCUACUGUGAAGUUAAAGAAAGCCUCUUUCACAUACAUUGUGACAGUAAAGGAUUUACAAAUGUGAGUCAGAUCACAGAAUUCUGGUCAAGACCUUUUAAACUGUAUCUACAGAGAAAUUCCAUGAGAAAAUUGUAUACCAACAGUUUUCUUCAUUUGAAUAAUGCCGUGUCCAUUAACCUUGGAAACAAUGCAUUACAGGACAUUCAAACCGGAGCUUUCAAUGGCCUUAAGAUUUUAAAGAGGCUCUACCUACACGAAAACAAACUAGAUGUUUUCAGAAAUGACACUUUCCUUGGCUUAGAAAGUCUGGAAUACCUACAGGCAGACUAUAAUGUCAUUAAACGUAUUGAUAGUGGUGCAUUUCGGAACCUAAGCAAAUUGAGGGUUCUGAUUUUAAAUGAUAAUCUUAUUCCCAUGCUUCCAACCAACUUAUUUAAGGCCGUAUCCUUAACCCAUUUGGACCUUCGUGGAAAUAGGUUAAAGGUUCUUUUUUAUAGAGGAAUGUUAGACCACAUUGGCAGAAGCCUCAUGGAGCUCCAGCUGGAAGAAAAUCCCUGGAACUGUACCUGUGAGAUUGUACAAUUGAAGAGUUGGCUGGAGCGAAUUCCUUAUACAGCCCUGGUGGGAGAUAUCACAUGUGAAACACCUUUCCAUUUCCAUGGAAAGGAUCUACGAGAAAUCAGGAAGACAGAACUAUGCCCAUUGUUGUCUGAUUCUGAGGUGGAGGCUAGUUUGGGGAUCCCCCACCUAUCAUCAGGCAAGGAGAAUGCAUGGCCCACGAAGCCUUCUUCAAUGUUGUCUUCUGUUCAUUUUACUGCUUCAUCUGUUGAAUAUAAAUCCUCAAAUAAACAACCCAAACCCACUAAACAGCCCAGAACACCCAGGCCACCCUCCACAUCCCAAGCUUUAUAUCCUGGUCCAAACCAACCUCCCAUUGCCCCUUAUCAAACUAGACCACCUAUCCCCAUUAUAUGCCCUACUGGGUGCACCUGCAAUUUGCAUAUCAAUGACCUCGGCUUGACUGUCAACUGCAAGGAACGAGGAUUUAAUAACAUUUCUGAACUUCUUCCAAGGCCACUGAAUGCCAAGAAACUGUACCUUAGUAGCAAUCUGAUUCAAAAAAUAUACCGCUCUGACUUUUGGAAUUUCUCUUCCUUGGAUCUCUUACAUUUGGGAAACAAUCGUAUUUCCUAUGUCCAGGAUGGCGCUUUCAUCAACCUGCCUAACCUAAAGAGCCUCUUUCUCAAUGGCAAUGAUAUUGAGAGGUUGACCCCAGGCAUGUUUCGAGGCCUCCAGAGUUUGCACUACUUAUACUUUGAGUUCAACGUCAUCCGGGAAAUCCAGCCCGCAGCCUUCAGCCUCAUGCCCAAUUUGAAGCUCCUCUUCCUCAACAAUAACUUGUUGAGGACCCUGCCAACAGACGCCUUUGCAGGCACCUCUCUGGCCCGGCUCAACUUAAGGAAGAACUACUUCCUCUACCUUCCUGUGGCUGGUGUCCUCGAACACUUGAAUGCCAUCGUCCAGAUAGACCUCAACGAGAAUCCGUGGGACUGUACCUGUGACUUAGUCCCCUUCAAACAAUGGAUCGAGACCAUCAGUUCGGUCAGCGUGGUGGGCGAUGUGCUUUGCCGAAGCCCCGAGAACCUCACCCACCGGGAUGUCCGCAAUGUCGAACUGGAGGUUCUCUGCCCAGAGAUGCUGCAUGCUGUACCUGUUGGAGUAUCCCCAGCUCAGCCGGGAGAUUCUCACCUGGCUGGGGGACCAACAAGUGCACCUCCUUAUGAAUUCUCUCCUCCGGGGGGGCCGGUGCCACUGUCUGUGCUUAUCCUCAGCCUACUAGUUCUGUUUUUCUCAGCCGUCUUUGUGGCUGCUGGCCUCUUUGCAUAUGUUCUUCGAAGGCGCCGAAAGAAGCUCCCCUUCAGGAGCAAGAGGCAGGAAGGUGUGGACCUUACUGGCAUCCAGAUGCAAUGCCAUCGGCUGUUUGAGGAUGGCGGAGGAGGUGGAGGUGGAAGUGGGGGUGGAGGCCGACCAACUCUCUCUUCCCCUGACAAGGCCCCUCCUGUGGGUCAUGUAUACGAGUACAUCCCCCAUCCUGUUACCCAGAUGUGUAACAAUCCCAUAUACAAGCCUCGCGAGGAGGAAGAAGCAGCUGUCACCGCACUCCAGGAGGCCAGCACGGCGGAGCGGGGUGGUCCUGGGGCACAGCCACCAGGAAUGGGCGAGGUUCUCCUAGGCAGUGAGCAGUUCACAGAGACACCCAAGGAGAACCACAGCAACUACCGGACCUUGCUGGAGAAAGAAAAAGAGUGGGCCCUGGCAGUGUCCAGCUCCCAGCUCAACACUAUAGUAACAGUCAAUCACCAUCACCCUCACCACCCAGUAGGGGGUGGGCUUGCAGGGGUCGUGGCAGGACCUGGAGGAGACUUGACUGGGUUCCGUCACCAUGAGAAGAAUGGCGGGGUGGUGCUGUUCCCUCCUGGGGGAGGUUGUGGUGGUGGCAGUAUGCUACGAGACCGAGAGAGACCACAGCCGGCCACCUGCACAGUGGGUUUUGUGGACUGUCUUUAUGGCACAGUGCCCAAGUUAAAGGAACUGCAUGUCCAUCCUCCUGGCAUGCAAUACCCAGACUUGCAGCAGGAUGCCAGGAUCAAAGAAACCCUUCUCUUUUCGGCUGGAAAGGGCUUCACAGACCACCCAACCCAAAAAAGUGAUUACCUCGAGUUAAGGGCCAAACUUCAAACCAAGCCGGAUUACCUCGAAGUCUUGGAGAAAACAACAUAUAGGUUCUAACAGAAAAAAAGAAAAAAAAAUCUGUGUAUUCCCCCACAAUGAAAAAGUAAAAAGAAAUAUACCCCUCUCUCCCUUUAUAUUUGUCCCAAUAACUCCAUUCUCACAAACUUCUCUGCCCUGAAAGGAACUCAAAAUCGCAUGAUAACUAGAAAAUACAGAUGUAUGCUCUUCCCUCUCUUAUGUGAUUUGGAGGAAGGGCCAUACUCAGAUCAUUAAUCAAUGAAGUGCCUUCGCAGACUUUUGCCAGCAAAUGUUAUCAUUAUUUUUUAUACUGAAACUUGAGACUUUGACUGUGCCAUGUAUAAGGUAUAAUGGGGAUCAUUGUAUUGAUCCUAAUUAAGUAAAAUUCUGCGUGUCUUUAUUUUCGGUAAAUUAAUUGUUUUUAGUUGUAGUUUUGUUUGAUGGUGGGGGUGGGGGGAGAAAAUUGACAUUUGUGGCUUUCUUUCCUCUUCUCAUCAUGGCACAGAUUCUGUACAUGUAUUAACACUGCAGUUUGCUGCAUGCCUGGAAACUGCAAGAAGGGGAGGGAGGGGGCGGGUCUUGCUCGAAUGUUCUCUCACCCACUCUUGUCUUUCAAACACAUAUCCAUGCGAAUCCCAAAUCCAUGCACAGUUCAGACCCUCCACCUGCAGCCUCUUCCUCCAGGUGCAGGCACACACAGGAACCCAUACACACACACACACACACACACACACACACACACACACGCCUUUUUCAUUUACCCCAAUCUAAUUUGUUUGGGUUUGAUCCAUUCAUUUCCACUCUAUAUUACCACCUUCUCUUUAUUCUUAAUGUACAGCUCACAUAUUUUUUUCCUACUAUUCUAAGAGAAGUCACAUACUAGUCUGGAUCCUUCUGAACUGGAGGCCUGGUGGUUUAACAAUUGGAAGCAUACAUCUUCGGAUGUGUACCCUCUUUGUGACACUUCAUUUUGUGAUGCCAAGAUUUUUUGGAGAACAUCUGCACUUUCUUAUAUAUAUAUAUAAUAUUAAAAACACAUAAAAACAACUGGGUAUAUAUCACUAACAGCUUUGUAGGAAGCACUUUUAAUGUCUUCUCACACUCAAAGAUUCAAAAGAAAUGUGCAUAUAUUUAUUCUGUAAUUUCAGUGAUUAUAAAUUGUAAAGGUAAUGUUUAAUCAUUGUAUAGUGAUUAUGCGUCUGGUAUAGCUUUCCUAAUAAAAAGUUUUUGAAAAACAUAA